GCGCCGCACGCAACCUGCGUCGACCUCCACUUAUAUCACAUUUACUAUUCGGCUCCUCUAAUCCUACUACACUCUUCGUCUUGUGUCUCCUCGUCGUAGAGCUCUUCGUCGUUUGCGGGAGUCAGUCGUUUCCUUAGCUCGUCAGUAGACUGAGAGAUCUUUUAUUUCCGGAUAGAAAGUUCGAUUCUCCACCGUUCACCGUUUGAUUUACCUCAAGUUAAUUUCUUCUUCAACGCCGAAGUCUCUGUAUUUUUAAUCUCUCGUUUUCGACGAUCUAUCGAUCCUCAGAAUCCCAGCAUGUCGAAGGAAUCUCAGUUCUGUGCGUCUUCUAAGGGGGAGCCGGUACGCCGGUAAAUCCCUCUCUCCCUCUCGGUCGGACAUUGUGUCCUUGGACAAUCGCUCGCUCGCGAAUGUCGUCGAGCGACUCGUUGUCCUCCUUGUUCAAGGACACGCUUGAUCCUGCGAUGAGAAAUGCCUAUCGCCGGCGUCUCGCGGCUCAUCAUCGCGAACAGGAGGAUGGCAGCCGGAGUCGCGAGAUGACUUAAGAUCCCCUGAGAUCCCGCAGCUCAGAUUGGGCCCUCGAAGAUUGCGGCUUAUCGAAGUCGUGGAGCGAGAAGUAACUGGACGGAAGCUGGAGGAAAGAUCGUGCAACUUCAAGAUGGAAAAGAAACACGAGAUGGAAUCGCCUUCGGCCCAUCAGGACUGUCUCGUUGAGGCCCAAGAGGAUUCCACCUCAGUGGAGCCUGAACCGGAAAGCGUAUCAUCACCAAGCAAGACGAUGACGACGACAACGACGCCAGCAACAGAAGCUGAAGAUGACGCGCGAGAUUCUCGUGCGGAUUUGGUGUGCGAGAGAUUGGAUGAAGGAUCGGAAAACCAAGGAUCUCGGGAAGGACAAUUAAGUGAUUAUCCUUGCCUCCGGAAAUUAGAGGAGGAGAAAGACAUGGAUCUAAAGUUGGAAAAGGAAACCAGUGAAAAUGGAAAAAAUUUAGAUAUUGAUUUUAACGUGGAAUCGACGACAGAUUCUCUUCAGGAAUCCGAGGAGACUUUGAAGAAGUCCGAUUCUCAGAAUUGUAAUGUCGAGGAUGAGGAGGAGGAUAAGAUCGAAAAGAAGAGGUCGAUCGGGAGUGACUUUCUGCCAAUCGGUGCUCAGGAAAUCAGGAGAGUUGGCGUCGAGAUCUCGGAGGAGGAGGCGACCCAAAUGAGAAACGACGUCAGAAGGUUGUCGCCGGUAUUAGUGAGCUUGCGAGAGAGAACCUUGGGCGAGGUUUUCUUGUCUUCUCAGUCCUGUCUCUUCGGGGACGAGGUUGACACUGGCAAGGCAGCGUCGCGAAGUAAUGCCAUCUCGCAAGAAUUAUUCGCGAAGGACGAUUCUAGAAUUCAGGAUGCCCAUCAGAGUGAAAAGCGGGAUGUCAACGAGGAGGAAAUGAUCGUCAAGAUCGACGUAGGUCUUCCAGAUUGCGCAGACAGGAAACUGAAUUAUAAAGAAGAGGUGCUCAGCAUCGACGUAGCUUCUUCGAUUCCCUCUAGGCUCGAGAAUUCAGAUGAGACGAGUCAAAAUGGUGUGGACGUGACUGCGAAUAUAAAGAGCUCAUCCUGCACGCUGAUCGAGAAGGAAACGACAUUGAGUCCUGCACCAUCGAGUCCCGUUCAUCGACAUUUAGCGAUAGUGCUGAACCGCGUCAAGAUGGGAGACGCAAACAUCGACAAACUGACAAAAGAAAAUGGCAACGACAGCAUGUGGAACAUCGACGAAAGUUCUCCAUGUCCUAAAAAAAGAAGAAAUUCCGUCGAAGAAGAGUGCGAUUCGUCUUCGGAGAUUUCGAAAAUCAAUGAGAGAAGCCCGAAGAAGCAACGGUUGCAAAGUAACGUCUCCCCGACGACAAGAUCGAAGAAGUGCGAACUGAUAGAGAAUAAUCAAAGUCCUGAUCGCAAUCUGAUACUAAAAAAGUGCAAAGUGGUGCUGGAGCGAAUCAUGAAGAGCGAGAUGGAACCAUCUCAAGAGGAGGACUCCCACAUUGAGGAACUCGAAGCGUUGAAAGAAUCCGAAAGAGAGGAACUCGGACCCGUGGCGGUGAUCGGCAAGCUGGAGGAGGACGAGGAGGUGGUGCUGACGAGCUCAUCGUCCUCGGGUGAGAAUAGCCGGGCGUUUAACGAACUGGAUUCAUUGGAGACGACGCCGAGUUCGCCGGAAGAAGGUGAGACGACGCCGGAAGAGACAUCGGUUGACGUCGGCGCCGAGGGUGUCGACACCGAGACGGAAACUGAGACCGGCUCCGACGUGAGCUCGGAGGUGUCGCCCAUGACAAACAUCCGGGAACUACGCGACAUGGCGUCCGAUCAUCAGCUGCCCUGCCCCGAAGAAGGACCGCUGUGCUGCGUUGAGGCGAUGGCGCCGAUCAUGACGAGAUUGGAGGCUGAACGGCCGGAAGCUUAUACGGAAGAUUCCGCCGAGAGUCUGACAUUAGCUACCGGUACCAGAGACGAAGUCAGAUCCGAUGGGAGCGAUUCCGGUCUAGGGAAUGAAAUUCCUGGUGAUCCUGGACCGGCGCCCGCACCAGAAAGCGACUCGGAGACCUCUUUUCUUGACAGACUGCCGGACGAUAUCCUCUCUGACAAGGAGAAAGGCGUGAAUCAACUAGAUGGCUUCGCAUCGUCCUCGGGCACGCCUGAGACUCCGGGCCAGGCACCCCUGACGAGUUUCCGGGCACUUCCGGCCAAAAGCAAUUUGAAGCGCAGGCUAACCGACUGCAUGGAGGGCGAUGAGUCGCGAAGCAACCCCGAUGAGCCCGUGAAAAAGAAGCGCAACAUCCAGUUCGAUGCAGUGACAGUCUAUUACUUCCCCAGGACGCAAGGCUUCACCUGCGUACCUUCCCAGGGCGGCAGCACUCUGGGUAUGAGCGCCACCCACACGCACGCCGAGAGGUUCUCGUUGUCGGAGCACGCGGCCGAGCAGAGGCGAAUCCAUCGCGCGCAUCUUGCGCAGCUGCGCUCCGAGCGCAACUGCGCGACCAGCUGCGUGACCGAGACGGCGUCGAGCUCGGAGGAUCCGAGCGACGACACCGACGAGGAGCCCAGCGACACCGAGGAGCUCGACAUUGACAGUUAUUACUUUCUGCAACCGGUGCCGACGUGGCAGCGCCGGGUGAUGCUGAGGAACGCCGGGGUGCGGAGGAUAGACGCCGUGGAGAAAGACGAGUGCCGCGACAUACGGGCCAGCAGGGAACACUGCGGAUGCGGCUGCAAAGGAUACUGCGAUCCCGAAAGCUGUCCAUGCAGCAGGGCCAGCGUCAAGUGUCAAGUGGACCGCCCGGGUUUCCCUUGCGGCUGCACGCGAGACGGUUGCGCGAACAGUUCCGGUAGAAUCGAAUUUAAUCCGGUGCGUGUGCGGACGCACUUUAUUCACACGCUAAUGCGCCUCGAGCUGGAGAAGAAGCAGCGCGAGGAAGAGGGCGGCGAGCACGCGGAUCAGGUUGCGGACAAUCAAAGGCAGGGCGGGAGGGGUAAUGGCGGUUCCCUGAGAGACAUCGAUUCCCUGGGGAUGGAGAUCGCCGGAAGGAGCGGUGACGCUUGCGCGAUCCCGGGUCCCGGGGGUGGAGGCGGAUUCACGACCUUGCACUACGAGACGGGUCACGAGGGCGGCGUGGUGACAGCGAGCUGUCAGCCGGAAGUGCCCGGCACGAGGGAGGACAGUUUAGACCUGUACGCGAUCAGGGACGAUUGUUACGCGAGCGAGGACACGGUGGACGGCAGUCAGUCGGUCGCGGUACAGCGGAAGCUGCAUCCCGAGUUCGGCCAGGCCUUUCAGAGUUUCUCGACGGGCGCGCAAAACAGCGGGGGCGGCGCCGGCGGUGGCAUGAGCUUCCAGCAAUCUUCAUAUCAGGAUUACGUGAGUUCGCCGUACGCCAAUCUACCGUCCACGUCGAGGGUCUCGCAAUUCCAGCCGCCGCAAUUCCAAUCGUCACCCAAUCCGGCCGCGUUCGCGCACUACGGACCCUACGGUGGCACCCAAGAUGCCGCGAGUGCCGCUCUUCAGGGCAAUUGCGCCCCGCAACUCCAUCAAGUACCAUCGGCACCACCACCGCCACCGGGUCAGCAGCAACAGCAGCAACAGCAACACUCGUCCUACGACGCGACGGUGUUCGCCCAGGACGAGGCUACGAGCACUGCGCAGUACACGAAUCUCACUAAUUCGGUACAGCCGAUGAACGGGACGACGGUGGUGCAGCAGAUGCAGGGCAAGCUCGAGUCAUUCUCGGAUCUGCUCAGCGGCAGGUACUCGUAUUACGGCGAGAUGCACGAGCCGCAGCAGCAGCAUCACGGUACUUACGGCCCUCACGGGGGCGGCCACGCUGGUGCUACCGGCAAGAUCGCGGAGAUGGUAGUCGAACCCUGUCAUCAGGUCGCCGGCGAGCAACAGUCCGAGAGCACGUCCGAGGAUUGCGACGAGAACUUCGGCGAGAUUAUCAAAAAGUCCAUGGUCGAGACCGUGUCCGCUUAAGAAUAGAAAAAUUCUCUCUCUCGCGCGCGGAAACAGAUCCAUUUGAAUAUCCGAAUUCGCACCGGAAGUACGUAUAAAUAACUUUUUCACGCUCGAAAGUCUAUUUUCUUCGAGCCCUUUGUUCAAGAAAGAUUCAUCCGAAUAACGGACAGGAGUUCGUUCAAGUAUACAGACGUAUACUCCGGUCUAUCCCGAUGCAUACCCACGGAAGGGUCCAUUUCCGCCCGAUUCCCUCGAAAGGUCUCAAGGAUCUCAAGGACGAUUUAAACGAUUUAAGGAGGGAAAAAUUUUUGAAACUCACCAAUAAUAAAGAUAAUAAAGAUAACGGUGCCCUCCGGAGGGAGAAGAGAAAGGGGCCAUAAAAUCAGACUAACGAGGGGUUUCGAGAGAAAAUCAUUAGAGAAUUUCGCGGCUACGACGUGUGCGUCCGCCCGGGAUGGAGAGACUCGUAACGUCAUCGUCGACAUCCUCGUCGAUCUCCAGAGAGAUAUCCCGCUGAAUCCCUUGACUUUGCAAACUAAAGGAUUUUUUUAUUGCAAUCGAGAAUCGAUUUUUGUUUGCGGUAAAAGCUACAAGGAAAUCAUCACAGAUUGCGAAUUCAAGUGAUUCGUAUCUCGGGUAUCUCAGGUCGACGAUGACGUGAUCGAACGAGACGACGAAGAUUUGAGCUCGCAACGUUCCGAAAGAUUGACUCUUCGAGCUCUCGAGUUCUCGUCGAGAAUCUUCAAGAGUGAUCCGUAAGCAAUGAUGGGAAAAUGAUUUCAACGAGGUUGUGACCAAGAAAUAACAUGGGAUCAGCUUAUAGGUUGCAGUUUAUAAUAUCUAACUUUAAUACUUUAAGCGUAGGACCGGAAGCGGGUCUUUUUAAACACUAGCCUCGAAUCGAAGGGGCUGCGGUUCACAGUUAAUAUCUAUCUAGAGCGAAUCUGCUAGCUCUAAAUUCGAAAGAACCAUUCUGGAAUGUAGUUGAAUUUUAAUAUUCAAAUCAUUUAUUCAAUGAUAUUUUAUAUAGAAGUUUAAUAUUUUUAAUAGAAUAUUUUUUAAUUUUAUAUAAAAUUAAUUCUUCAUAUUUUUAUAUAUAUUAAAAUUUAUAUAAUAUUCUUAUAUAAUAUUUAUAUGUAGAGAAAAAAAAUAUAUAUAUGUAUAAUUUAUUCAAUAUAUUUUAUAACAAAAAUUUAUAUCAAAUAAAAAAUUUUAAUUAGAUUAUAAGAUUUAGUAGAUUAAUUAUUCUCAAUUUCUUAUAUCCGAACUAUACUUAUAGCGUUGAUAAAUAUUGUAAAAAGAUUAAAAUUUUGGAGUGCGCUGCAUCUCUUGACGAAAACGACAUUCCAGAAUAAUAAAAAAAAAAAAAAUAAAAAAAAACAAAAAAAAACUGCGGAUCUUUCAACUCGUUAGAGCAGCAAAAUGUAUCGUUCUAGAGCGAUAUUUCGAGACGAUAAACGAGAUACAACAGCGUUUGGCUGAGAUCAUCGUUCUUCAAAAACGGCGAACGCAACGACAAAGUAAAAACAAAAAAAAAGCACACGUAUAUACAUGAUGUAUUCGUAGACGAGCGUGAAACGUGAGCGAUUGUGAUACUUGUGCAUAUAAAGAAAAAAAAAAAAACAAAAAAAAAAAACAAGGAAAAGAAA